GGCUCGGGUGGGCCAACAGGAGUGGAGUGCCGGCCGGCCGCCUGUCCCCAGGCCUGGCCCAGCCUCCGGAAGGCAGCCUGGUCCCAGCCCCGCGGGGGCCGCCCGUGGGGGCCAUGUGGCCACACAAAUGACCAGCCAGGCUUCCCUGGAGGCCGGGCCUCCCAGGACUGGCCCAGGAGCUUCCUGCCUGAGAGGCACCGGGGCUGCUUCCGGCGUCUGCGGGCACCUUCGCCCUCCCUCCUCCCCGUCUGUGUCCUCCCUCGCCUCUGCAGAUGACUAAUGCCUCAGGGCUCCUGGGAGACGCCCUGAUGUGGGCAACCGGGCCGCAGUCCAGCCCCCCGCUGGCCGUGCCCACCGGGCUGCAGGUGGACCGCGUGGGGAACAGCUCCCAGGGCACCUCCCAGCUCUUCCUCACCACGGCGCUGGCCCGUGGCAUCUCGGGCGUCUUUGUGUGGACCGCCCUGGUGCUCACCGGCCACCAGAUCUACCUGCACCUGCGCUCCUACACCGUCCCCGACGAGCAGCGCUACAUCAUCCGCCUGCUCUUCAUCGUCCCCAUCUACGCCUUCGACUCCUGGCUCAGCCUUCUCCUCCUGGGGGGCCACCAGCACUACGUCUACUUUGACUCCGUGCGGGAUUGCUACGAAGCCUUUGUCAUUUACAGCUUCCUGAGCCUCUGUUUCCAGUACCUGGGGGGUGAGAGUGGCAUCAUGGCUGAGAUUCGGGGAAAACCCAUCCGGCCCAGCUGCUUCUACGGCACCUGCUGCCUUCGGGGCAUGUCCUACUCCAUCGGGUUUCUGCGCUUCUGUAAGCAGGCCACACUGCAGUUCUGCAUUGUGAAGCCCAUCAUGGCCUUGGUCACCAUCAUCCUGCAGGUGUUCGGCAAAUACCACGACGGGGACUUCAACAUCCACAGCGGUUACCUCUACGUCACCCUCAUCUACAACGCCUCCGUGAGCCUGGCCCUCUACGCCCUGUUCCUCUUCUACUUCGCCACCAGGGAGCUCCUGCGGCCCUUUGAGCCUGUCCUCAAGUUCCUCACCAUCAAGGCCGUCAUCUUCCUCUCUUUCUGGCAGGGGAUGCUGCUGGCCAUCCUGGAGCGGUGUGGGGUCAUCCCUGAGGCCCAGAUCAUCGAUGGGAGCAGUGUGCGGGCCGGCACGGUAGCCGCCGGCUACCAGAACCUCAUCAUCUGUAUCGAGAUGCUCUUUGCCUCCAUCGCCCUGCGCUACGCCUUCACCUGCCAGGUGUACUCGGAGAAGAAGGAGCGCUCGCCAGCCCCCACGGCACCCAUGCAGAGCAUCUCCAGCGGCCUCAAGGAGACCGUGAGCCCGCAGGACAUCGUGCAGGACGCCAUCCACAACUUCUCGCCCGCCUACCAGCAGUACACGCAGCAGGCCACACACGAGGCCCCGGGACCCGGCCAGGGCAGGGACCCCUUGCCCAGCACCCACCCUGGCACAGAUGUUGGCUCCAGCAGGGGCAGGAAGAGCCGCAACAUGGAGAAGAGGAUGCUGAUCCCCGCGGAGGAGCUGUAGGGGCCCCGGGGUCAGCAGCCGCCUCCAGGCCGCUGGGAAAGGACAGGGCCCCUCACCCACCGACCGUCUUGCCAAAGGUCAGGCCUCUCCUAGGAGCCUCCUGCUAGGCCCGUGGAGCCCACUGCCCAUCCCACCUCUGGCCAGUGGAGCAGGUCGCUUGGUAGCCCUGCCAGGCGCCCCGGGGCCGCACCAUCGCCUGGUGGGCCCUCGGCCUCAGAAGAGGGCACCUGAGCCUACCUGACAAGCCCAGGGACCUGCCGGGCUCACCUGGCCAUCGGUUCGGGUGGCCUCCCUGGAUGGACAGCUCCCGGGCAGGGCCGGGCACCCCGGAGCUGCGGGCCUUACAGGCAGGAGGGCUCCACACUGAGUGCAGGAGGCGGGGUGGCCCCGUGGAGGAAGGGCCGGUGUGGCUGCUGGGCGUCUGGGAGGGGCUGGGGCCACGGGUGGAGGGCUCCGGCUUCCCGGUGAACUGCACUUAUUUAUGCAUAAACAGCCUGGGUUUUCUAGUGACUCUAGUGGCCUGUGUUCCUGCAGGGUCAGUGCUCUAACGAAUGGACCACAGUGAGGCGGACAGAUGAGACCCAUCGUGCGAAGUCUGGGUGCAGCGGGGAGGGUCCCCGUCCACUCUGGGGCUGCGGGCCACAGUAGCAGCUCAGAGCAGGCAGGCAACGAGCUCAGACUAGAGC